GGGUAUGUUAAAAGAGUUAGACUGUCGAUUAGAAACAGAGUGACCAGUUACAGAAAACAAGACGUGAACGGAGGCUGCAGAAUCCCAGCUAUUGUGUUCAGACUGGACAAUGACCGUGAGUUCUGUGCUGAUCCCAAUGAAACAUGGGUUCGUGAAGUCAUGCGGAGGGUGAACAGACUGCCAGAUUCAUGGUCUGUUUGGCCCUGGGUGCCUGAAAUGUCUCAAACAUCUGGAAUGCCUCAGAUUUCUGGAAUGCCUCGAACGCCUGAAAUACCUCAAAUAUCUGAAAUGCCACAAUCAUCAGAAAUGCCACAAUCAUCAGAAAUGCCACAAUCAUCAGAAAUGCCUCAAACAUCUGAAAUGCCUAAUACUUCUGAAAUUCCUCAAACUUCUGAAAUUCCUCAAACCUCUGAAACGCCUCGAACAUCUGAAAUGCCUCAAACACCGGAAAUGUCUCAUACUUCUGAAAUGCCUCAAACCUCUGAAAUGCCUCAAACAUCUGAAAUGCCUCAUACUUCUGAAAUUCCUCAAACAUCUGAAAUUCCUCAAACCUCUGAAAUGCCUCAAACAUCUGAAAUGCCUCAAACACCUGAAAUGUCUCAUACUUCUGAAAUGCCUCAAACCUCUGAAAUGCCUCAAACAUCUGAAAUGCCUCAUACUUCUGAAAUUCCUCAAACAUCUCAAAUGCCUCAAACCUCUGAAAUGCCUCAUACUUCUGAAGUCCCUCAAACAUCUAAAAUGCCUUGGAUGCCUCCAACGUCUGAAAUGCCUUGGAUGCCUAAAAUGCCUGAAACCUCUGAAAUGCCCCAGAUGCCUCAAACACCUGAAAAGCCUAAAAUUACUAGAAAGCUUCAACCACCUGCAACGUUUUCAACGCCUGAAAAGCCACGAGAUAAUUACUGCUGCACGCAUUACGUCCAUAGAAUUAGUCGCUCCAUAAGGAACAAAGUGACUAGCUACAAAAUACAAAAGCUGAAUGGACAUUGCAACAUCUCUGCUGUAAUCUUCACAGUGGAUCAUGACCAUACGUUUUGUGCUGACCCCCAAGAAUAUUGGGUCCACAUUCUCAUGGACAGGGUGGACAAAAAGUUCCAGGGGUCAAUUAAAGAUAAAACCUGCUGUCUGGUGUAUGUUAAAAGAGUUAGACUGUCGAUUAGAAACAGAGUGACCAGUUACAGAAAACAAGACGUGAACGGAGGCUGCAGAAUCCCAGCUAUUGUGUUCAGAAUGGACAAUGACCGUGAGUUCUGUGCUGAUCCCAAUGAAACAUGGGUCCAGGAACUCAUGCGGAGGGUGAACAGACUGCCAGAUUCAUGGUCUGUGUGGCCCUGGGUGCCUGAAAUGUCUCAAACAUCUGGAAUGCCACAGACUUCUGGAAUGCCUGAAAUGCCUGUUAUGUCUGAAAUCCCUCAGACACCUGGAAUGCUUCAAACAUCUAAAAUGCUUCAAACCUCUGAAAUUCCUCGAACAUCUGAAAUUCCUCAUACUUCUGAAAUUCCUCAAACCUCUGAAAUUCCUUGAACAUCUGAAAUGUCUCAUACUUCUGAAAUUCCUCGAACAUCUAAAAUGCCUCAAACCUCUGAAAUUCCUCAAACUUCUGAAAAUUCCUCAAACAUCUAAAAUGCCUCAAACCCGUGAAAUUCAUCCAACAUCGGAAAUGCCUCAAACCCCUGAAAUGCCUCAUACUUCUGAAAUUUCUCGAACAUCUGAAAUGCCUCAAACCUCUGAAAUGCCUCAUACUUCUGAAAUUCCUCAAACAUCUCAAAUGCCUCAAACCUCUGAAAUGCCUCAUACUUCUGUAGUCCCUCAAACAUCUAAAAUGGAUUGGAGGCCUCCAACGUCUGAAAUGCCUUGGACGCCUAAAAUGCCUCAAACGCCUGAAAUGCCUAAAAUUACUUUAAAGCCUCAACCACCUGCAACGUUUCCGGUGCCUGGAAAGCCACGAGGUACAUACCAUAUGUGAUGAUACUACAGCUAUUGUAUGUUACAUUAUGCAGAAAAUGAUUCUAUAAAUCACACUGUUAAAGGUUACAAAACAUACUGGAACGUACUGAGCAAGAAAAUAGAUAUAUUGCAUAUGGUUUUGUGCAGUUAAAAACUAAAACUAAAACCAUAAAAAACAUAUAUUUGAAGUAAAAUAAACUUUAACUGAAAUAAGAGAUUAAUGAAUUAAACUUAUUUUAUUUCAUCAUUUCCAUUUAGUUUAACUAAAUACACUGAAACUGAAAUAAAAUAAAAACUAUAUAGACAUAUUUUACAAAAAUAAGUAAAUAAUAUAUAAAACAGAAAUUUUAAUUAAAAUUAAAACAAACUAAAAAUAAACAGAAUUCAAAUUGCAUCUCAUUGCAUGUUAAUAUGUUUAAUGUCAUUGUUGUGUCUCUUAGGUAAGUACUGCUGUAAACGAUGCAAUGAAAUGCCUUAAACUGUAGUAAAUAAAGUUUAGUAAGAAGCUCUAUAUAAGAAUCUUUCAGACAUUACAGUUAACAAUUUUUAAUGCAACUGUCUCUUGGCAGAUUCAAAUUGGACAAUGACCAUGAGUUUUGUGCUGAUCCUUAUGAAACAUGGGUCGUUGAACUUGUGAUGAGUGUGACCAGACAGCCACAUUCGUGGUAUUACAUGCCUAAAAUUUCUGGAAUGCCCAAAUAUCCUUGAAUGCCCAAAAUGCCUGAAAUGUCUCGGAUGCCAUUUUGAAUGCCUAAAAUGUUUAGGAUGCCCGAAAUGCCUUGGAUGCUCCAAAAUGACUUGAAUGUGUGUAAAGUCUGAAAUGCCUUAGAACACCUGAAAUACUUCAAAAAUCUGAAAUGAUUUGGACACCUGAAAUGCCUUGAAUGCCUUCCCAUUCCUUCCAUGUCUCCAAUAUAUCAAAUUCCUCCAAUGCAUAAAAUGCAUUCCCAUACCUUCCAUGCCUCAAAUUCCACUUUUCCUAAUUAACUUAA